AUGUCGAGGAAACGUACUCCUCAGGAUUUUUCUUUUAAGGAACGGCUGGGCCAUGGAUCGUAUUCAACGGUGUAUAAGGCUGUGGAUCGAUCUACAGGUCAGCUGUUUGCCAUAAAAGUGUGCUCGAAGAAACAUAUCAUUAGUGAAAACAAAGUGAAGUAUGUGACCAUUGAAAAGAACACUUUGAACUUAUUGGCUCAUGGAAAUCAUCCGGGGAUCAUCAAAUUGUAUUACACUUUCCAUGAUUCGGAGAAUCUAUACUUUGUAUUAGAUUUUGCACCUGGGGGUGAAUUGUUGCAGCUUUUGCAAACUCAGGGUAGGUUCAAUGAGGCAUGGACGAAACAUUUUAUGUGUCAAUUGAUCGAUGCGUUGGAGUAUAUUCAUGGGUGUAAAGUAGUUCAUCGGGAUUUGAAGCCGGAAAACUUGUUGUUGAGCAGCGAGGGAAAGCUUAUGAUUACGGAUUUUGGAGUCGCAUCAAACCUGGCCGCCACUGAUAAUCUUUCAUCUACAUCAUCUUUUGUGGGAACGGCAGAAUAUGUGUCGCCGGAAUUACUUCUGCAAAAUAAAUCUAACUUUUGUUCCGAUAUAUGGGCCGUGGGGUGUAUGCUCUAUCAAUUCACUCAAGGAACACCGCCUUUUCGAGGAGAAAACGAACUAGCUGCAUUUGAAAAAAUUGUCAAUCUGGAUUACCAUUGGAUUUAUAUGGUAUCACAGCAUAUUACUGACUUGGUAUCCAAGAUUCUUGUAUUGGAUCCAGAUUCAAGAUAUACAUUACCUCAGAUCAAAAACCAUGCCUGGUUUCAGGGAAUUGAUUGGACGAAUAAAGAACUUAUAUGGAAGGGAAUAUGGCAACUAUUUGGUAACCGGAACCACAAUAAUUUUAAUGGCCCGUCUAUGAUGAAUAAACAGUUACAUGUGAUUGACACUACCAUAAAGAACAUACCAAUACAACCUAGAAAAAGGAAACCAAUGAAAGUGACGCAGACCACAUCAAGUAUUGUGGAGUGGAGGAAGACUCUUGGCCUCUCUCCAGUUAGUGGAUCGGUAGGUCCGAAUGGGUUGCCAAAGCAAAUGAAAUCACAUGUACCGUCUCGCUCUACCCCAAAUUCACCUUCUAGAGCCCUCACGGGGAAAGGUUACACGAAGGCAAUGCCAAACACUGCACCACCUUUAGAAACUUGCAAAACUCCUAUGAUGCCUGUAUCCCCAUUGUAUAUCACAACGCCUGGUGCUUCUGCCAGUUUUUCUCCAAAGAAAUUUAAUAAUGCAUCAGACAGUAAUCGUCUAUUGACGCCCCCUGCAUCACCCAAGGCUUUGAAACAAGGUUGGGUUAAAAUCUUAGAAAUACCGUACGUUUCAUCCUCAAAGAAGACAUUUUCUUCGACAGAAUAUUCAUUUAUUGAUGAUAGACUUAUUACAAGGUUCAUUACCGAACAAAAAUCUCAGAUCAUUAACAGUUCGAUGUUGUCGUUAUUAACACUGGAACCUAAUGGCCAGUUUUCCUAUACUCCCAAAGGCGAUAGCACAAGGCAAAUGAUAUCAAUAGUUGAUCAAAAUCUUUCCAUUUACGAUUUAGAGUUUAAUGAAACUAAAAACUCAGGAUACCUAAUAUUCGAGAAGUUCAAAUCUAAGGUAUGGUUGAUUGCAUUACCAAAAAGUGCUCCGAGUGAUUUCGUGAUUAAUUCAAGGCAAAAAUGGGUUGAUAGCUUAUUCAAGACUAAGGCCGCCUUGGAGUCUGAGAAAUUGACCAAGAAAGUUGAUAACUUAAGUUUGAAACCGCCUGAAACUUGUUCCACUUCAUCAAAGCCACGAAAGUCACCGCAAGAUAAUAUGUUUGUUUCAAGUAGUAGAGCAGAGGUACUGUACACUCUGAACAAACAGAAAAGAAGCAAUACGGAUGCUGCAAAUGGAGCGAGAGCUGCUUUCAAGAAUAUGAAUAAAUGA